AUGGCGACCCGCCUGCCCGGCACGACCGUAAUCGUCACCGGCUCCGGCGGCGGCCUAGGCAAAGCCAUCGCCGAAGCCUACCUCGUCGCCGGCGCCAACGUCGUGAUCUCCGACAUCAACGAGGACCGCGUCGCCGCCGUCACCUCGGAAUACCGCGACACCUACGCCGGCAAGCUCCACGGCAUCGUCGUCGACGUCACCUCCGAAGACUCCGUCCAGUCCCUCAUCAAGGGCACCGUAGAACGCUUCGGCCGCCUCGACGUCGUCGUCAACAACGCCGGCGUCAUGGACAAGUUCGACCCCGCCGGCGACUGCACAAAGGAGACCUGGGACCGCGUCCUCGCCAUCAACCUCACGGGUCCCUUCCUGACGACAAAGUACGCCGUCAACCAGUUCCUCGCCCAGGGCGGCGCCAGCGGCAGCGGCGGGCCCGCGGGCCUGAUUGUCAAUAUCGGCUCCAACGCCAGCUACCGCGGCCUCGCUUCCGGCAUCGCCUACACGGCGUCCAAGCACGGCGUCAUGGCCGUCACCAAGAACACGGCGGGCUUCUACGGCGACAAGGGCAUCUACUCGGUCGCACUGCUGCUCGGCGGCAUGGACACCACCAACAUCAUGGACGCCUUCGCCGAGGGUGUUAACCAGGCCGGCAUGGCCAAGGUCACGGCGGGCAUGCCCGAGUACAAGCGCGGCGAAACGGGGCUGGACCCGGCUGCUGUGGCAAAGUACUGCGUCUUCUUGACGGAUAAGGAUAUCGCGUCGUCGGCGAACGGGAGCUGUGUCGUUCUCAACAGGAACUGGCCGCACGCCUGA